AUGUUUUUGUAUUUGGUUCUUCUCCCUGUAACUUUAAUCCUCCUCCACCUCCUCCAAGUCCGGCGAGGCCGACGUCUCCCGCCGGGCCCCUUUCCUUUGCCGGUCAUCGGAAACCUCCUUAACUUGGGCAACAAGCCUCACCAGUCGUUGGCGAAGUUGGCAGAAACCUAUGGUCCGAUAAUGUCGUUGAAAUUAGGUCAAAUGACUACUAUAGUAAUUUCAUCUCCACUCCUGGCACAAGAAGUUCUUCAAAAACAAGACAUUUCCUUUUCCAACAGAUUCACACCUGACGCCAUUCGCGCAUGCGAUGAACACAAACUCUCGGUCGUUUGGCUACCCGUAAAUGACCUUUGGAGGAGCCUACGAAAGCUUGCUCACACCCAUAUAUUAUCCGCCCGAGUACUUGAUUCCAAUCAGCACAUCCGACGGAGAAAAGUGGAGGAGCUUUUAUCCUAUGUUCAGAAAUGCUGCCAUGAAGGCGUGCAUGUGGACAUAGGUCGGGCAGCAUUCAAGACGGCGAUGAAUGUGCUGUCCAACACUCUUUUCUCUACUGACUUGGUCGAUUUCGGAGGCGACGAGGCUCAAGACUUCAAGGACUUGGUUUGGAACAUUAUGUUAGAGGCCGGAAAACCAAAUAUGGUUGACCAUUUCUCGGCCCUACGUGGCAUUGAUCCGCAGAGAAUACGUCGACGUAUGUCGUUGUAUUUCUCCAAGUUGUUGGGUUUGAUCGGCGGACUUAUUGACAAGAAGAUCUUGACGGGAACUAAUUUAUUGAGAGAGGUUGACGCGAUAGACUCGCUUCUUAAGAUUUCUGAUCUCGAUCGAAAACUAAUCGAGCACUUGUGUAUGGAUAUAUUUAUCGGCGGAACAGACACUUCAUCGAGCACAAUUGAAUGGGCAAUGUCGGAAUUAUUGCGAAACCCAACGUCUUUGCAAAAUGCAAAAGAUGAGCUUGAACGAGUAGUUGGUGCAGGGAAGCAAGUAGAAGAGUCUGAUAUUGCCGAAUUACCAUAUUUGCAAGCGGUUAUAAAAGAAACUCUAAGAAUGCAUCCACCAAUCCCAUUUCUUAUCCCUCGUCAAGUUCAUAAAGAAGUUGAACUGAGUGGGUACACCAUACCAACUGGAGCGCAAGUAUUGGUGAACGUGUGGGCGAUAGGUCGCAACCCUGAUCAUUGGAAAAGUCCAAUGGAGUUUAAACCCGAGAGGUUUAUUGAUUCCAAGAUUGAUGUGCGUGGUCAAGACUUUGAAUUGGUUCCUUUUGGAGGUGGACGGAGGGUUUGCAUCGGAUUGUCCCUAGCAAUGAGAGUCAUCCCAACAGUGUUGGGCUCUUUGAUUAAUUCAUUUCAUUGGAAGACUGUGGGAGGAGAGCUGCUUCAACCAAAAGAUUUGGACAAUGAAGAGAAAUUUGGCUUCACUUUGCAAAGGGCUAAUCCCCUCUUAGUCAUCCCAAUUCCAAUAUAG